AUGGCUAAACGCCCCAACUUCCUCGUCAUUGUCGCCGAUGACCUCGGUUUCUCCGACGUGGGCUGCUUCGGCGGCGAGAUUCGCACACCUAAUAUUGACCAGAUCGCAGAGGAAGGACUGCGAUUUACAGAUUUCCAUGCUGCGGCAGCAUGUUCUCCCACACGUGCCAUGAUCAUGACAGGCACUGAUCACCACAUCGCCGGCCUGGGCAACUUGAUCGAAUGGACCAAUAUCUCCGGCCAAAAUGGUCCCAAGGGCUCCGCUAUGAGCACGGCUCCACAGCGUGGUAUGCCCGGCUACGAGGGAUAUCUGAACGAACGAGUCGUGGCUCUCCCCGAACUCCUGCGAGACGCUGGCUACCACACCGUGAUGUCGGGUAAAUGGCAUUUGGGUCUUACCCCCGAGCGAUCCCCCCAUAAGCGUGGCUUUGUUCGGUCGUUCGCCCACCUGCCUGCUUGCUCCAAUCACUACGCCUACGAGCCUCAACUCCGCGAUGAGGAUCAGAUUCCCACUUUUAUUGAGGCGAGCUAUAUCGCUCUCCAUAUGGAGGAUGGCAAGUACGUGCGCAAGCUUCCUGAGGGCUGGUACUCGUCCGAUGGUUAUGGGGAUAAGAUGAUUGAUUAUCUACGUGAGUGGAAGGAGAGUGGUGGGAGUGCCGGUCCAGACGGCAAUGGGGACCGUCCUUUCUUUGGGUAUCUUCCUUUUACUGCGCCUCAUUGGCCGCUACAAGCUCCUCGGGAAUACAUUGACCACUAUCGCGGUGUGUAUGACAAGGGACCUGAUGUUCUGCGCGAGAAGCGCCUGCAACGUUUAAAGGAGCUUGGUAUGAUCCGCGACGAUGUUGUGCCGCAUCCUGUUGAUGCAGAAGAAGUCAAGGCCUGGGAUGAGUACACCCCCGAUGAGAAGAAAAAGUCCGCAACUGCUAUGGAGGUCUUCGCCGGUAUGGUUGAAUGCAUUGACUACAACGUCGGCAAGGUAGUCGACUACCUACGAGAGAUCGGAGAGCUGGACAACACCUUCGUAUGCUUCAUGUCCGACAAUGGCGCCGAGGGUGCCGCUUACGAGGCCUACCCUAUGGUGAAGAACGGGGUGAUGCCUCACCUGCAAAAGUAUUACGACAACAGCCUGGAAAAUCUAGGCAACGGAAACUCAUUCAUCUGGUACGGUCCCCGCUGGGCACAGGCUGCCACCGCCCCAUCCCGUCUCUACAAGGCCUACACCACCGAGGGCGGCGUCCGCGUCCCUUUCACCUGCCUCUUCCCCAAGAACAUUCCCCUCAAGCCCGGCGACGCUACCGCUGCUACAGGCGGUAUCACCGAUCAAUUCGCCACAGUCAUGGACCUCGCCCCGUCAAUCCUAGACAUGGCCGGAAUCAAACACCCAGCACCCACCUACCAAGGCCGCGAAGUUGUCUCCAUGCGCGGCCGCAGUUUCUACCCCUGGGCCACAGGCGAUUCCGAACGCAUCCACCCGAAAGAUUUCAUCCAGGGCUGGGAAACAUGCGGUCGGGCCGCGCUGCGCUGCGCAGAUUGGAAAAUCGUCUUCAUCCCCAAGCCCAAGGGUCCUGAGCGCUGGCAGCUGUAUAACCUUGAGAAGGACCCCGGCGAGGUAAAUGACCUGUCAGAGCAGGAGCCUGAGAAACUCAAGCAGCUUCUCAAGUUGUGGGAUCAGUAUGUCCUUGAGACUGGUGUGAUCCCGCUGUGCCCUGAUUUGGGGGAGUUUUUGGAAGCUACGGAGGCGCAGAUGCCGGAGAAUGCGUGGAUGGAGUUUGAUUAUUGGAAGGAGGGUGCGAGAGAUACACCGGAGAAGUUUACUAGGGAGCCACCACGGUUCCAGCGAGUGGUGAAUCCUUUCUAG